CUUAUGUCACCCAAGCGUGGCUUUAAAAGCUCUUGGCCGAUUCCCCACUCGGUUUACUUGACCAGCAGUCGUCGCACUUGAACAACAUGCGCGCUCCCGAGUGGAUCAGCACAGAGAUGGCGCGCCUCACUUCGAGACUGGAACGCUACAAGCCAACGGGCAGUGGCUACAACCGUAUCCAGUCGAUCCGCCUGUCCAAGAGCGUUACCCAAAUGCUGAACAAUCCAAUGCCCCCGGCACCAGCCGCUGCCACCGCCCGAACGCAGCAGGAGAGCUCCUUUACAACGCCGCGUCGGCGCGGUGUCCUUAGUCGCAGUGAAUCCGAGUGGGAGGAGGUGUAUCCUGCCGUCAAGUUCAGUCGCCAGGAGAGUAGCGAAAGUGCCACCAGUGAGGACAGUGAGAUGCGAUUUACCCACUAUAGAAAUUGUGCCACGCGAAUUCCCUGAAUAGGGGUAAUAUCUUCUAUCUACUCUGCAAUAUUUGUAAACUUUUAUCUGUGUUAAGUAAAAAAUAAAACAACAAAUAACCUCUAAAAAUAACAUACGUUUCAAAUUA